AUUGUGCAAUUCGGUGCAGAUAGCUACUUCCAUUCAAUAUCACCUGGUUUUUUUGCAAUGACAGAUUUUAAUUGGGUCACAUUAGUGACCUUGACACUUGCAGUUCUCGCUGAUACAACGGAUCAAAAGCUCGAGGAAGAACUGAAAUGUCUGCACAAGAAGCCCUCGGACCAGUGUGACAUUAGUGUGACAUUUCCAGAACCCCUGGGGAGGCUGACAUGCGAUGACAUCGUGUCGGUCAAGGAUGGCAAAAAUAUGUCCAAGCUUCCGGAGUUCAAGGUCAUGGGUUCCAACCCCUCGGGACCAGCCGUCCUUCUGAUCUUUGACCCCGACGCUCCGGUCAGCAAUGACCCCAGGGAUGGAUACAUCCACUUGAUGGCUCAGGCCUCGAUUGACAAAGAAGGCAAGGUUACGAUCACAAAAACUUUUAUUCAAUACACCCCACCUGCGCCACCUGUGACGAACGCCGCCCACCGCUACCAGGUGUUCGUUUACCCCCUCCCACCUGGCACUAAAAUCAAGUCUGGCACUGACCGGAAGUUCCAGCUGUGUCUAUUCGUCCUGGCCCACCACCUCGGCCAGCCAACUUCAGCCUUCCAGUUCCGCUACAAGAGCAGCUGACCGUUUGACGUCAUUGACCGUCUGAUGUCAGUGAUCGCCUGGCAUCUUUGGUCAGAUGUUUAAAACUAGGGACCAGUUAGGGACCAGUUACGUUUCUUUUGAUUCGUAUUUUUUUUCUAUGGACUUGUAGAAAUUUUAAAUAUCUCCGGGAAAAGCUUAAGAACCUUUCAAUUCCAAGGCCUAUUUAUUGUUCUUUUGUUUAUUUUUAAUUUUUUAUAGUGUGUCUUAAAUGUCUUUCUAAAAUAUUAGCAAUAAAAAUAUUUUAGGCAAAACACUCAUUACACAGAAACUUUUUGAAAUAAAUUUUUUCUACAAAAAAUAAAUAAAUCAGGAUAAGUAU